AUGCUUGUCUGCCCCAAAUCUUCACAUCUUCAAGAGGAUUUAAAGGUUGCUCUUCUUGAAUAAACACAUCCCAAGCCCUAAAAAGUCACCAAAGAUGGGAGCUCUGCAAAUAUUCCUCUUUUCUCUCCUCUUGCACCAGGCCGCAUGCAGCAAAGCACGCGGGGGAGCCACCGAGCUCGCGGAGCGGGGGGACGGGCCGCGCAAACAGACGUCCCCCACGGGCGCCAGUCCUCGGAUCCUAAACCCCUUGCGUUUGUUCGCCAGGGCCUCCCCGGGGUUGAAGAGCAACGUGAGGGAAAUGUCCUAUAUCCAGAACAUGGAGGACUUCUGGGACUGGUUAUCUAACCAGACAGAUGUUCAGGAUCCGCAGGCCAGAACUAAACGCAGGCCCAUUGUCAAGACCGGGAAGUUCAAAAAGAUGUUCGGCUGGGGCGACUUCCACUCCAACAUCAAAACGGUCAAACUCAACCUGCUGAUCACGGGCAAGAUCGUGGACCACGGCAACGGCACCUUCAGCGUUUACUUCCGCCACAACUCCACGGGCCUGGGCAACGUGUCGGUGAGCCUGGUGCCGCCCUCCAAGGUGGUGGAGUUCGAGGUGGCCCAGCAGUCCACGCUGGAGACCAAAGACACCAAGUCCUUCAACUGCCGCAUCGAGUACGAGAAGACGGACCGUAACAAGAAGACGGCGCUGUGCAGCUUCGACCCGUCCAAGGUUUGCUACCAGGAGCAGACGCAGAGUCACGUGUCCUGGCUCUGCUCCAAGCCCUUCAAGGUCAUAUGCAUUUACAUCGCCUUCUACAGCGUGGACUAUAAACUGGUGCAGAAGGUCUGCCCUGACUACAACUACCACAGUGACACGCCAUAUUCCUCCACGGGAUGACGUGUGUGUCAUGUGACCUUCAAAUCACGCUUAUGUCGACCUUCAAGCCAGGGGUGUCCACACUUUGUCCUCUUUGGCCCGCAUCCCAAAAAAAAAAACCAACCUUGCAAUUCUUAGAUUUGAUUUCAUUUCAUUCAACACACGAAAGCAACAACCUGUCGAGAAAUGAUAUAUUUAUGUAUCGCAGUUCAUUCGAGAAGCUGCCGCUUUCGCAGACUGAUUUGUUUCAACACGUCACACGCGCUCGAAGAUAAUUGCCGAAAACAACUUUAAUGUGCUGAAGUGUAGCGUUUUUAACAGUCUCAGCGGUUUGAAUUUUUUUUUUUUUUUUUUUUUGGG